UCCAUACUUACUAAAAACCUGGAUUGGGCCAUUCAAGAAUGUCUCAGUAUUUAGAAGUAAGUUGGACUAUAGCUAGCUGAUAUUUAUGGCUUCCAAACGUCUCUGUAAUAUAACUCAGGCAUAUUCCUUACCGAACACUUCCAGUUAUGCAACUAGUAAAGGUCUUCGUGUAGUUUCUUCCGCAGGGUUAUCACUGCGCAUCAUAUUUUCCCCGAUUGCACUUGGUGUUUCUAUGAUGGGAAAUCUAAUAUUUAUUUAGCUAAAAUCUUCUUAGAAUUUUUAGAAUUACUACGAAAUUGUGGUCCAGUUAUUUCUAUUGUCAUAUUUUGCUAAUGUGAAUUUCGUCUCGUCGUUAGUGAUGCUGAUUAUUGCAUAAAAUGGAACAAGUACGCCAUGGACAAGAGUCGUGGGCUCAAUUUGAUGACGAUGAUAAUUCUAUGGUUAGAAAACCCUUAUCAAUUCCUAUUUGUACUUCUCACUCUUAUUUCUCUACAGAAGCGUCAUUCAUUAAUCAACAACAAACAAUGAAUCCACAUUUCCCUAACUUGGGAUCAAUCAAUCAGAAUUUAGUGUUUCCUUCCUCUUUGAGUCAAUCAAAUGAAUUACCUAUGCUUAAGAAUCCUUCAGAUCCUAGAUCAUCACCAUUUGCUGCAGCUCAUCACCGGUCACCAAGAUCAAUAAGUAAAACAGUCUAUCAUGGGAAUUUAAAUAGUCACUCGGAUAUGAAUUCAUCGCAUUGUACAGAGAUACAAUUUCACAGUCAUCAAUUGAAUAACUGGUCUAGUUUUAAUCAACCAACCGCUCAAUUCAAACAACAGUCCAAUACUACAGAUAUUACUCCAUUAGUUAUUACUGCUAAUACAACUACUACAAAUUUCUCUCCCAGUUUAAAUAUUUCAAAUGAUGAUUUUGCUGUAAGAAAUCAACGUAUUGUAGAUCCAUGGGCAGUUACAUCUGAUCAGAAAGCUUAUUAUUUAUCACAGUUUCUCAGACUACAACCAGAUAUUGGUUCAAAACUCAGUGGAUUGCAAUCGAAGACAUUCUUUGAAUUAUCAAAUUUACCAUCUUCAGAAUUAUCAAAAAUUUGGGAACUGUCUGAUCUUGAUCAUGAUGGACAAUUAACAUUGAGUGAAUUUUGUAUUGCAAUGCAUUUAGUUGUGUAUCGAUUAAAUGGUGUUCCAAUUCCUAAUAAUUUACCGACAGUUUUAUUGGAAUUAGUUGAAACUAAUUGGUUAUCUACAAAAUUGUCAUCAACAUCAUCACCAACUGUAAAAGUAAAUACCACCACUACUGCUACUACUACCAACGGUAGUUGUACUAAUAAUUACGAACUAACUAAUUGUACAUUGAAUUCUACUUGUCAACAAAAUCAUAUCAGUUCAGUCAGAUAUAAAUCAAUAGAUAUGCCUGAUUCAUGUCAACAUCACGAUAAUCAUCGUCUAUCAUUAUUCUUAUCCUCUUCAUCACCAAUUUCAUCUGUGUCAACUUGUCAAGUUAAAACACUAACGACAUCAUCAUCAAUUCAUGUCAAUACAUCUCGAACUGAAAUGAUUCAAUCUACAAAUUUUACAGAGUUGAAACACCCUCAUCAUGAACCAAAUCAGCAACAACAAAGACGUUGGUCUUUAUCUAGUCAAAGUGAUGUUAGCAGUUUAUUAGCAUCAGAAGAAGGAAUGAUCUUAUUCGAAUCGAAAUUAAAUGCAAAUGCACAAUUAAAACAUCCUAUCCCAUUAAGAGCUAAAACAUUACCAUCAAAUGUUAUUCCUGAGCUGGUGAUUUCAAUGAUGACUACACCUCAAGAUUAUUCUACCGUAGAUCAUCAAAAUGAUUUUUCGCAUACAUAUCAACUUCCAUAUAGUAGUAAUAAUGAUAAUAAAUUUUCUACUGCAAUUAGUAAUCCAAUGAUUGAAUCAACCCCUCGGUUACAACCACAGCCGAUUACAAUUCAUUCAUCUCCUAUAUUAUUCAGUAGUCAACAUUCCGAUUCGAUAACAUCUCCGUCGUCAUCAGUAAUACAGAAGGCUCCACCUCCUCCACCACCACCUAGAGCUAAUUUGUUACUUGUCACUAAUAUUGAUUGUGUUCAUAAUGAUAAUAUGGGACAGAAAUGUGGUGUUUCACUAAUUGAAGAGAAAGAGGACUUUGUUCCAUCUCUUACAACAGAAUUCAACUCAGAAGAAAUGAAAUUAACAGAAUCUCAACAACCAUAUAUUACUUCAUUAAAUAAUAGUAAUAGUGAUAAUAAUAAUAAUGAUAGUGAUAAUGUGGAUAUAUUAAAACGUCAAUGUGAUUCUAUUAGUCAAAUUAAUGAACAAUUAACUACAACAUUAAUAAAAUUACAACAAGAUAGAAUAGCAUUGAAAAUAUUUCUGGAACGUUUAAUGCCAUUAGAAACAAUUUAAGUGUUCAACAAGAUCAUUAUCGUUUAUCAUUUACAAGUCACUAAUCUUAAUUGUUAGCUAUAUUGAUGACAAUGUGAUAACAUACAUACCAAUGUACGCAUAUAUAAGUCUAUAUAUAUAUAUACUAUUCUAUUCAAUAAAAAGAAUCUGUUCAGCCUUGUUACUCUCUCUCUCUCUCCUUCUCAAUAUUGCUUUAUUUUUCUCUAUAUAUACACAUUUAUUAUGAUCAUGUAUUCUAUUAUCUACUUUAAUGAUCAACUUUAAAGUGCCUAAAGUUUGUUGCAUAAUCUUUAUCCUAUCCUUUCAUGUGUUAAUUGAGUAAUGAAUACUAUUUCUCAUUCAACACACAUAACAAGUGUAUUAUUUACAAUAAUUACCAAGAAAGUAAUCCUUUAAAAGCAUUUUUCUUGCUGCACUUCUACUUUGUGCAUCAGUUUGUUACCUAUUAUGUGGGUGUAUGUGUUUCUACGUAAAUUUAUCCUUAUCUGGUUGAGAUUAUGUUUUAUUUUAACUGAAAAAUACAAUCUAUGCUUAUUGAUUAGAUCAACUCACUUUCCUAUUGUUACUUAUGUUUGCUUUUCAUUAGGUAUAAUUCAUUAUCUAUUUUGUUGCCGGUUUUUCUUCUCUUCAAUUAUUUUCUCUUUAAAUGAUUGGUUUUUGGUUCUUUCAUGUUAUAGUCUACUCUUCCUUUGUUGUUGUUGCAACUACACUGUUUUGUUUUAUUCUCGUGAAAUUGAAAGGAACAAUUGUUUGCUUCUGUGCUAAUGUAUUAUUGUAUUGGAACUUGAACCAAUACACAUACAUAUAUAUAUGCGCCAAGUUCAAAUUCAUUGUCCACUUUACUAAGUGUAUACCACGGACUGAGUAGUUUAUGUGUAGUCUAUUGUCUCGUCUAUUUAUUUACUUACUUAGAAUUAUUUUCUGUUCCUAACGAAUAUGUGUAAUUGUUAUUCAUGUUUUACGUUGUGCGGUCAUCCGAUACCGAUACGCA